CUAAGAUCAUUCAUCGUGAUAUUAAAGCUGCUAACAUCCUUCUCGAUUUUAAGUUUGAAGCAAAGGUUGCUGAUUUUGGUCUUGCAAAGAUUGCUUCCGAUCUCAACACUCAUGUUUCUACUCGAGUGAUGGGGACUUUUGGGUAUCUGGCUCCAGAAUAUGCAGCAAGUGGAAAACUUACAGACAAAUCAGAUGUUUUCUCUUAUGGAGUCAUGCUCCUUGAGCUAUUAACUGGACGUCGACCGGUUGAUAAAAAUCAGACUUACAUGGAUGAUAGUUUGGUGGAAUGGGCUAGGCCUUUGCUCAUGCGUGCUUUAGAAGAAAAUAAUUUAGAUUCUCUGAUUGAUCCAAGACUUCAGAAUGAAUUUGACCCUAGUGAGAUGACGCGUAUGGUAGCAUGUGCUGCAGCUUGCACACGCCACUCAGCAAAGCGUCGACCAAGGAUGAGCCAGGUUGUGCGUGCCUUAGAAGGAGACGUGUCACUAGCAGAUCUUAAUGAAGGAGUAAGACCUGGACACAGCAGUGUCUACAGUUCUCACGAAAGGUGGAUUCAAAGCUACAAUUCAAUU